UGAAAAGUGCCUGACGGCUACGUUCCUCGCGUAACGUUAGAUAAAUAUCGAUUAUAAUGCAAAUAUGUGUCGGUUUUAUUCAGCUGCCUCGAUGUCGACGAUAGCACUUGGAUUUCCGGACAACUGGAGUGAGACUUGAACCACUACUUCGAUUAUUAACCGUACAGGAGUCUUAGUUUUUCGGUUGUUGGGAAAAAACUCCACUAACCAUCAGCCCUCUGUUAUUGUCUGAAGUCACGAGGUAGCUGAGCCUUAACCCGCUGCACUGACUGAGUUUCUUGGUCCCUGGCUCAGCUCUGCUCUUGUAGACACACCGGAGAGAGGACUAGUUCCUGACUGACCGAGCUCCAGCAGCAGCUCCAGCUCCGGGCCGUGAGCAGUCUGUGAUGGGGAACUGGAUUCAGUAACCGCUGCAACUGUGGUGUUAGCCUGCGCUCAGCAACUUCACCAUGAUGUCCAUGACUUUUGGGGUGUCGAGCAGCGUGACUCUGCUGUUUGACUUCUGGAACGUGCAGGGGCCUGCAGGGAUGGUGCUGUCAGUGUUCGUGGUCUUGCUGCUGACAGUUUUCUACGAGGUGCUUAAAGUGUGGAGGGUGUGGCUGGGAAACAGCUCUAAGCUGGCCCGGCCUCAGUCUCAGUAUGCCCCCCCUCCGCCCUCCCGGAGCGACAGCUGCGCCGGACUGGAGAGCAGCCCCUCCGAAUCCUCGCUGACCCCCAUGGAGUCACAUCCUCCGGUGCCAAACACCAGGAACAGCUGGUUGCUGCACGGUAUCCAGACAGUCCUGCACAUGCUGCAGGUGUCCCUCGGCUACAUCCUGAUGCUGUGCGUCAUGUCCUACAACACCUGGAUCUUCCUCGGGGUCAUCGUGGGUUCUGUUCUCGGCUAUUUCAUCUCGUUCCCUCUGCUUGGUCAGAUCUGAUGGUACGGACAGUUCAGAUAGUAAGGAGGUCUUUUUUUUUUCCUCCUUGAAUUGAAAGGAUCAGAUGUUCUGGAUAUUAAAGGGGAAACCACUUGUUUGACUAGUUUCUGCAUGUUGUUCUGUUGCUCUUUGCACAGUGUGAAACUGUAACACCUGGGAAGCAUGAAAGGGGAGUUCUAUGACUUUUAUGCUUAGGACUGAGUUGUGUAACACUAAGUGUCACAUAAAACUGAUCUGGUUGUGGAAACUGAAAUUCUCACUAACAAAAUCUUUGCUGGUCACCAGUUUAAGUCCUGGGUCUCUCUCUUUGGAUUCAGGCCUUGGGACUUGGGUGAUAACUUUAAAACACUUCAACUGGACAUGCAAAUUGAUAACAUUUGUCAUUUAGUGGUUUACCAGGUGGUUCUUCUGUGUUAAAAAGACAUUUCUGAUGUUUCUGAGGCGUUUUCUUGCUUCCCUUCUCAAACAGCAAACAUCUACAGAAGUCUUUGCUAAUGCAUAUGUGAAAUGUUUUGAAGUCUCCAAGGAGGGAAGUGCUGCUUUCUUAAAUUCAUCUCCUUUUUUUUUUUUAAUUUAACCUGAAAUAGUAGGCAAAGAUUGAAAGAGGAGAAAUGCAUUUGAAUCGUUCACAGCCGAGGUACAGCCAAACGAAGUAAUUUUAUAUGUUAUGACACUACAGGUGAUUCAGAGAGCUCUGUCAUUUUUAACUGCUUGAAAAUCAAUGUGGGUGGAAACAACAACGUUUUUAAAGCAUUAAACACUGAAUUUCUAUCUUUUUUAGCAGUAUUUUGGAGUGAAACCUCAAAGAGGACUUGCACUUGGAACAGAGCUUUUAAGGUCAUAAGACCACAGUCGGUCAGUUUGAGGAACUGAAUCAUGUGGUUUUUAGCUUGUAAGCCUCUCAUGUGUCAUCUUGGUUCAUUUACAGAUCAGAGUUGAUCUCAUAUGUAUAUCAGGACACUGAUAGUAGGUCAUGUGCUCCUGUGGCAAUAAUUGACAGACCAUGAACGUCAAAAAAAAAACAGAAGAGUGCCUUGCAAC